AGAGGCAGCCAUUCUCUGUCUGUCGGAGCAGCAUGUCUGGUUGUGUGCUUACCAGAGAUGCUUUAAAAGCUUAGUUAAAUUGUAAAUUCAGACAUCGAUGAGCUUGCUCACUUGACAGUGAGAUGUUUUCUCAAGGAACGAGGGAUCUGGAGUGACACAAUGGCGCUCGGACAGGGGUCUAAGAAGUCCAUUUCAUGUGACCAGGGUAUUGCACCCGCUUCUCUGAACAAUGGGAUAGUAACUGGUGCACAAACUGUGGCUCAACCCAUCAGGAAGACUCGCUCCUGCAAGUGUCUCCUGGCCUUUCUCAUCAUCCUCAUCAUCAUCCUCAUUGCUGGAGCAGCCGCAUUGGCCUGGUACUUCCUGGAGUACAAGGUUUGGGUGUUGGAGCCCCGUGUCCAGCAGCAGUACACGGCCUAUGUGUCAAUCCUCAACAGGAACUUCUCUGCUGAUCUGUCCUCUCACAGCAGCCGUGCGUUCAAGAAAGAGGCCAAGGGAGUACAGAGCAUGGUAGAGAAGAUAAUGAAGAGCUCUUGCCUUUCUCGAUACUUCAACUACACCACUGUGUUUGCUUUUGGGGAAGGGAGUGUUGUGGCUCACUUUUGGAUAAUACUGUCUGUGCCCAGCAGCCAUGUUGAGAGGGUGGGACUGGAAAAGGUAACCAGCAGCGUGGUGGACGGUCUGAGAGGUUACUGGAGGUCAGAGGAAGAGGAGACGGUCAGCUUUGAUGGAUACCUCCUUCACCUCCCCUCGCUGUCCAUCAGUGAGACCGACUCCAAAGUUAUAGAACUUCUCAAAGCCUCAUUUGACUGUUACCGUUAUCAAAAGUUGGUGUCCAGCAGUCCUGUGGCUCUCCGCGGCCCCGACACGCAGCGUUCCUCCUGCAUGUGGCACCUCCAGGCCGCCCCUGGCUCCCAGCUGGAGCUCCACAUGGAGUGGCUGCUGCCAGAGUGCCGCGACAGACUGGUGGUGUAUGACUCCCUCACCCCUACUGAUAUUCACCUCAUCACCUCGGUUUAUGGCUGCAGCAGACAUGAACGUAUAGUCCGUGUCCUUUCAUCAGGCGAGUGGAUGACAGUAGUUUGGAAACAGGGUCUGUACAACUACAAGGACCCCUUUUCUCUGACUGCACAGGCCUGGGACCACCAAGACUGUAAUUACACUAUAGAGCUGAAAGCAGUAUCAGGGAUCCAGGGUGCACUGAAGACACCCUUCUUUCCCAGCUACUACCCCCCCGACACCAACUGUACCUGGAACUUUACUAUGCCCAGUGAAGGGAUGGGCUUAUCUCUGACAUUUGAGGGCUAUGAGCUAAGCCGAGCCAGCUACAACCAGGCCUGUACUCAGGGAGCGUGGAUCAUCCAGAACCGCAGACUGUGUGGUACGAGGAACCUCCAGCCAUACAGCGAACGCCUCUUCCUGCUCUCGACGACUGCCACUGUUGUCAUGACAUCAGAGGUGUCACUCACAGGGCCGGGCCUGCAGCUGCAUUACAGCGUCUUUAACCAAUCAGAUCCUUGCCCGGGUCAGUUUCUGUGCACUGUGAACGGCCUGUGUGUCCCCGCCUGUGAUGGAAUAAAGGACUGUCCCAGUGGACUUGAUGAGAGGAACUGUGUGUGUGUGGCGCAGUACGAAUGCCCAGAGGACAGUCAGUGCGUUGACCACUACAAGGUGUGUGACCAACAUCCAGACUGCCCCGAUGGCACAGACGAGCUGAACUGUACUGAUGCUGUGCAGUGUACAGAUACGACCUAUGUGUGCGCUGAUGGAACAUGCCUGAAGAAACCAAAUCCAGAGUGUGAUUUCAUCUCUGACUGCCCUGAUGCCUCCGAUGAGAAACAUUGUGAAUGCGGACUGAGGCAGUUCCCCAGCCGUAUUGUUGGGGGGGGCAACGCCACAGAGGGAGAAUGGCCAUGGCAGGCCAGCCUUCAGGUACGAGGUACCCAUAUCUGUGGGGGCGCGCUUAUCUCCAGCCAGUGGGUGAUAUCUGCAGCCCACUGUUUCUAUGACGACCGUCUCUACUCCCCCUCGAUGUGGACGGUCUAUCUGGGAAAACUCCGUCUCAGACGCAGCAGCCCCACCGAGGAAGUGGCGCGAGUUCAGAGGAUCCACCUACACCAAUACUACGACGAUGAGUCCCACGACUACGACCUGGCCCUGCUGAAGCUGGAUCGGCCCGCCUCCAUGCUGCUGGCCGGGCACGCUCGACCCGCCUGCCUGCCCCCACCCACGCAUCAGCUCGAGCCGGGCCUGCUCUGCUGGGUCACCGGCUGGGGGGCGCUACGAGAGGGAGGCAGUGCCAGUAACGUGCUACAGAAGGUAGACGUUCGCCUCGUCAGUGAGGAGGCCUGUGUUCGCUCCUACGGCCAUUUGGUGACUCCCAGAAUGCUUUGUGCCGGUUACCGCAGUGGAGAGAAAGAUGCCUGUCAGGGAGACUCUGGCGGCCCCUUGGUUUGCCAGGAGCCGUCAGGUCGCUGGUUCCUGGCCGGGGUGGUGAGCUGGGGCAGAGGCUGCGGGCGUCCAGACUACUACGGCGUCUACACUCGUGUCACCAGGCUCACCUACUGGAUCAAGCAGGUCAUCAGCAACUUCUGAGUCAUUGAGUAUCUUCAUCAUUUUUACAUCCUCAUCAUGGUGAAGCUGGGUGAAAAUGAAAAAAACAUUAAACCAAUGAACUCAGAAAUCGAUGGUAGAUUUUUU